AUGGCUUUCGUAUGUGGAAAAAAACACUGCAGCUUGUCCGCCCUAAUUGAAAACAGGAUUUUCAGUGUUCAUGGUGGUCUUUCUCCUGCCAUUUCAACAUUGGAUCAGAUACGAACUAUUGAUCGGAAGCAAGAAGUACCUCAUGAUGGUGCUAUGUGUAACCUCCUAUGGUCAGAUCCUGAAGAUAUUGUGGAUGGAUGGGGGCUGAAUCCCCGUGGUGCUGGUUUCUUAUUUGGUGGCAGUGUUGUUACUUCUUUUAACCACUCCAAUAACAUUGACUAUAUUUUUCGUGCUCAUCAGUUGGUAAUGGAAGGAUAUAAAUGGAUGUUCAAUAACCAGAUAGUUACUGUCUGGUCAGCUCCAUAUUAUUGCUACAGAUGUGGUAAUGUAGCUGCAAUUCUGGAGUUGGAUGGGAAUCUUAAUAAGCAGUUCCGUGUGUUUGAUGCUGCUCCACAGUUUAAAGUUUCUUUACAACCUUCUUUUAAAUCCAAUAAAAGCAAAAAUUCUCAUGCCUUAAACGAGAUUUUCUCUUCACUAGAAUUUGAGUAUUUUGUGGAGUUGAUUUAUGAUCUGCUUGGAAGUUAA